AUGCCAUAUUAUGUAGAGAUAACAAAUAAUUUUCCAGGUGGAUUAUAUCAAUAUGUUCGUUUUAUAUCAUUAUAUGAUGAAUAUUCUUUUGAACAUGAAUUUUUUAUUAAAAUUUCUCAAUCAUUUCCAUUUAUGGAAAAAUUAUCUUUAAUUAAUUAUCAAUCACAAAAACAUAAACAAUCUUAUAAAUCAAUAAAUGAUAAUUAUAAUUCAACAAUUGUUAAAUAUAAUUAUCUUGUUACACUUCAUAUUGGAGAAGUUCAUGAUGAUUAUAUAGAAGAAUUUUUAUACAACACAAAAACAUAUUUUCAUAGUAAUAUUGGGAUUUAUAUCAAGUACAAAUCAUUAGAAAGAGUAACACAUAAUUUUACAAGAGAUGUUUUACGAAUUAAUUGUGCUAAAAUAAGUGAAAUCUUUUUCUAUGGAGAAAAAAUUUAUUGUAAAUCUUUACGAGAUUAUUUUCCUUGUGCAAUAAUACAUUAA